UUUUAGUCGUCACCGUUUCGAUCGCUUUAUCUUCGGCUCUGGUCCGAAAAUCCAAACUUUGUCACUCUUCUGCAAGUCUUUAAGAGAGAGAGAGAGAGAGAGAGCUCGGGGAGGCUGCCAUUAACGUCGUCGUUUAGGAGCUUAUAGCACUGUAAAUUAAGCCUAACAAAACCACGGCUCUUUCAUCAGCUACUGAAAAGGACCCUUUAGCAAACGACGCCGUUGAAGAACCCUAAUUCUCUGAGCUCAGAUCACACUCUUGAGCUCCAAGUGCACCUCCUCCACUUGCUCAGCCUUCUGAGCCUUCCAGUAAUUUCACUUCCCAGCUUGUUUGUUGCUCAGCUAGCGUGAAAAAACUGAUUGUUUGUAUGAGGUGGUUUGAUCCAUGAUGCUGUUAUAUAUGGGCUAAACUGCUUUCCACAAAAACAAGUAGCUGAGCAAGUCUUGGUGGCUGUAUUUUUAAUGCCUGGUAACGAAUUUGAAGAUAGGAUCCACAACUUACAUGAGCUAGAGAAUUCUUCCCAAGUUCAGCAUCAAUCUCAAGCUGUGGAUAGCAAUUGGCCAGUUCUCAACUACAAUCAGUGGGUUGGAAAACAAAGGCAGACUGGGGAAGCUUUGGGUUUCAAUCUGAAAAACUGCAACUUGCAACAAUUAGAUUCUGUGAAAGGACACGGUGAUGGAUCUUUGAAUGUGUUGUUCAACCAAAACUAUACACAAUUUACUCCAAGACCUGACUUUUCCAACAGUUUGUCCAGAGAGCAACAGCUGAAUUCAAAUGAAUGUAUGCUUGGACGCCAGAAAUUCCAGGCAAGGAAAAGUCAGUCAGAGUUUUUGGGUGAAAAUGCAGCUCAUGAUCCACAUAAUUUAACUUCUAGAGGCCUCUCUUUCCUUAUAUCACAGCAAGAAAAUGCAUCCGGAGAUAGUCCCACCCUAACGACAAAUUCAGAAAGGUCGGAAAUUACUGAAGCUUCCAUUGACUUCGACUUUGUUGGAGGGAAGCAGCAGCUUGUGGGGGGCCAACAACCAGAUACUCAACAUACUCACCUAAUGCAGCAGUCUGGGUACAAUGAUAUGCAGUUGCUGCAGCAGCACAUAAUGUUCAAGCAGCUGCAAGAACUUCAGAGGCAGCAACAACUUCAGCACUUUGGUGACUUAAGGCAACAGAAUUCUUCAAACCAGAUUUCUGCAGUGACUAAACAGGCUACUGGGGCUCAGAUUUCACCUGUAAUAAAUGGAACACCUGUUAAUGAUGCAUCACCUAUGUUUAUGAACUGGAUGCAGCGAGGUACAUCUCCUGCUGCGCAAGGUCUAUCUAAUAACAGAGGACUAUUUUCACAAGAUCAGGGCCAGGCUUUGCGUUCCAUGGGUCUGGCUUCUCAGCAGCUUGAUUCAUCCUUAUAUGGUACGCCUAUUGCAAGUGCAAGAGGUAGUUUGAGUCAAUAUUCUUAUCUUCAAGGGAUGUCUCACGAUUCUACCAAUUUGUUGACUAAGGCUAGUGGUCAAGCACAGAAGCCUAUUACGCAGUCAACGGGCUUCAGUAGCCCUUUUGUAGGUGAUCAGGUUACCGUUUCUCCAGAGCAGGUUUGCUUCCCCCAAGGAGCUUUCAUGUCCAAACAAAGAUUUCAGAGAAACAAUGUGUUCGGACAGGUUCCUGUUCAGGGGUUGAAUAGUGCAGUCAUCUCAGGGAACCUCCAGCUGGGGAAUACUCAUCCAAAAAAUGCAUCACCAACGGAAUCUAAUGGAAGGCAAGAGCAAGCUGGUUGGCCUGGAAGCUUGCAGCAAACAAAUAUGCAACUUGGCCCUCCUCAGGGUUUGGUUCCCCUGGAUCCAAUGGAAGAGAAGAUUUUGUACAAUAUGGAUGAUGACAUCUGGGAUGCUCCUCUUGGCAGACGCACUGACAUUGGCACUGGAGGCUUUGGGACUGCAUUGGAACAUACAGAUUAUUCAAAUGCAUUUCCUUCUACUCAAAGUGGAAGCUGGAGUGCUCUUAUGCAGUCUGCUGUAGCAGAAGCUUCUAGCAGUGAUACUGGGCUACAGGAGGAGUGGAGUGGCUUGACUUUCCAAAAUACAGAACUCUCAACUGAUAAUCAGCCUUCAAAUGUUAUGGAUAGUGAAAAGCAACAAUCAAGUUGGCUUGAUAACAACCUACUCAGUACCUCCUGCUUAAGUUCAAAACCUUUUCCUGUGUUUAAUGAUUCUAGUGUGAGCUCUAGCUUCCCUGGCUUUCAGCAGCCAGGCAUCCAAUUCUCUAUCGAGCAGAGAGGCGCUCUGCACCAGGAUGACUCUCACGAAUCAAUUCACAAGUCUCCCCAAAACACUGGUGAGAGUUUAGAUUGCAGCCCUAAACAAAAGCCGUCCACUGAAGGAAGCCAACCCAUUCAACCACUUAUGCAAUUGGACGGUGCAUGGGCUGGUCAGAUUUUUGAGCACCCAGAGAGUGAUGCCCAUCAGCGGAGAAUAGCCUCAAGUAACAAUGUUAGCCGACCCUACAGUGAACCAAAAGGUGACAACAAUGAAGCUACAUACAAGAUUAGGGAUUCUGAUUAUUUUCUGUGGGAGGCUAAUAGUAAUCGCGGGGGAAGUUCUUUUUCUAGAUCAACUGGAGGAUUGGAGCAAGUACACUCUGGCACGGAUAGUACUCUGCCCAACAGAGAAAAUUCGCAAAUAUUUAACUUUGCUGCUGUGCCAAAUUCAAGCCCUUCGAAGGCAUCUUGGAAUACCAGUCAACAAGUCCAACAUAGUAAUCAGCUUGAUUACUUGAAGCAUGUUGAUAUAUCUAGGAACAAGGAAAACCAGAACAUGGGAAAAAACCAGCUUCAAAUGGGUAAUGGUUCUCAUGUUUCACAUAAUUAUCAAGUGGGAGCAGGCGUAACAUAUGAAAUGCAGCAGACUUGCUACCAAAAAGACAACUCUUAUGACAAUUAUGGCUCCAAAGGAUCAAGUGGACAAGAGCAAGAACAUUUAGGGAAGCUCAAAUUAAUUGAUAAUGUUUCUAGCAGUGCCGUGAACUUGGAUAAGUUACAGGGGCCCUUACCUGAUUUUCAAGUUAACUCAAAAGCCUCAGAGGUGCCUUCUAGAGGUGAUCUUGGUACAUCUAGUACCUUUCACAGAUCAGUUGGUCCUCAUCACUCAAAUGUUACUGCUCCAACAAGUGAAAAUAUGCUUGAGCUUCUUCAUAAGGUUGAUCAAUCAAGGGAGAAUAGCAGUAUACCUCAUUUUGGCUCUAGAGGGUGUAAUUCAUUGGUGCCUGAGGCAGAAACUCCAGCAUCCGUUAGUCAAUCAUACAAUCACCCUGCUGCUUCUCAAGGUUUUACGUUGAAAUUAGCUCCUCCAUCGCAACGGCUGUCGAACAUGAACCCUUUCAUCUCAUCUCAGGAUUUGCCAGAAGUAGCAAGCAAUCAAAAUUUAAAGCAAGCCAAUUCUGAGUCAGGAGAGAAAAACCAGACCUGGUUAGCUUCCCCAUCUGUUCAGUCUCUGCUGCCAUCUCAUGAAUCAUCUCAAAGAUCAAAUUGGGAGAAUAAAUUUAGUAGUUCAGGACAGACAAGCAUCCCCUCAUCUAUAUAUAUGCCUGGAAGCUCUGUUGCAGCUUUUACAUCUAGUCCUCCAUAUAUAAGGAAUCAACUUGGAACACAAGAAAUGUCACAUUUUAACACUUCUGGUCAACAAUUUGAAGUUUUGGAGGCUAAGCCAGUCUUGAAGCCUCCUGUUAUGUCAGGCAUGCAUCAGCAGGGUGCAUUUUCAUCGAGACUGCACAAUGUAUGGACAAAUGUACCACUUCAGCAACGUCUUUCUGGUCUGGAACCUUGUAAGGUUCCCUCUGUGGACCCAUCAACAGAUAGUGUGGAAACUUCACAGGCUUCACCCAGGCUAAAUGAUCAAAAUUCCCGGAAAGUUGGAUAUGGAUCAUCAGUAUUCGGCGCAUGUUCUAUGAAUUCACAAGGAUUUCAAUAUGAGGCAGAUCAGCCCAAGAAAGAGAGCUCCCAGCUGCAAAUAUCAUCUGAGAUACUUGAUGCUUCACAGACUAGUAGAUUUGCCUCUGGCUCAUUGUUGGCUCAUUCACACCAACAGGACCUUGAUGGGAUGCACCAUGAACACAACAAUGCCCCUGUUGCCCCUGAAAGAAAUCUUGGAUCCAUUGGCCAUUCUUCAAAACCGUCCUAUGUUUUCCAUCCGAAUUACUCCCUACUGCACCAAGUGCAGGCAAUGAAGAAUACGGAUGCCAAUCCAAGUAGGAGAGUUUCAGAUCUUGAGCAUGUAACUGCUAUGGAUGGAUCACGGUUAAUAUAUGAAUAUAAUUCCAGAUUCAGAAAUCAACUGGAUACUGGACUGAUUUCGGCAUCCCAGCUCAACUCAUUAUCAUCUGGGGAUACCAAAAGGCAAAGUUUCUUUACAGAAGCAAGAGAAGAUUCUGGCUUGAAAGCUUCUCCACAGCCUUCUCUCCUAGAUAGACAUUCUCAAGAAAUGGUCAAAUCUGGUCAAAAUGAUCCAAGUCAACCUACUACCAGUAAUGUGGUAUCUAAUCAUGGAGAACAUUCCCGGGUUAAUCUUCAAAUGGCACCCCACUGGUUUAAACAGUAUGAGGCUCUGAGAAAUGGGCAGAUGCCACCAACCUAUGAUGCAAUGCUUGCAAAGCCUGCUGCAGGGCAGAUUUCUUUUGGGAAGCCUUCCCAGAACUUGAAUGAUUUUUCUUCUGUGGAAGGUAUAGAUGCUGCUGAUGCUAGUCAGAGUGGCAGAGUUUCACCAAGCUAUGCCACCUUCAGAGCUGAUGAACCCUUUUCAGCCCCUUGUUUGUGGCCUUUAGAUGAGAAUGAUCAAUGCUUGGAUGUUGUGAGACCAAAGAAGCGCAAAAUUGAAACAUUUGAUCUUCUACCAUGGCACAAAGAAGUUAUGCAAGAUUCUCAGAGGGUUCAAAAUAUCAGUGUUGCAGAACAUGACUGGGCACAAGCCACAAACCGACUGAUUGAGAAGGUGGAAGAUGAGGCUGAAUUGAUUGAAGAUAGGCCACCAAUGCUUCGAUCAAAGAAAAGGCUUAUCUUGACAACACAGCUUAUGCAGCAAUUGCUUUGCCCUGCACCGGUGUCCAUUCUCUCGGCAAAGGCUGCUUCACAAUUUGAUACUCUGACAUACUUUGUUACUAAAUUAUCACUAGGAGAUGCAUGUAGCCUGACCUCUUGCACGAGAAAUGGUUUGUCACGUGUACCACUGAUCAACAGUGACUUGAUUUCAGAGAAGCUCAAAUCUUUUGAGGGCAUUGAUGACCAGUUCUUUUCAGAAGUUGUGGAUGACUUGAGCAGUAGAGCAAAGAAGCUAGAAGAUGACUUACUAAGAUUGGACAAGGCAGCAUCAAUUUUAGACAUAAGAGUGGAGUGCCAGGAAUUGGAAAAGUUUUCUGUCAUCAACCGGUUUGCAAAAUUCCAUGUUCGGCCAGCAGAUUCCUCCGGAACCUCAUCAUCAUCUAAUCCUGCUGCCCCUGCACCAAAACCCUUUCCCCAGAGAUAUGUCAUUGCACAUCCAAUACCUAGGAAUCUACCGGAGGGAGUACAAUGUCUUCCACUGUGAUCAUCAACUGAAUGAUCCCCUUCCCAACUGAAAUCCUCCUUUCAUCUAUGCCAUACAUUCCAUGCCAUUGCCCAUAUUCCGCCUAUGAUCUCUUUCAUCAACAUACAUACUGGUAUCAUGAAAGAAGAGGAUUUAUUGAUGGAAUACAAAGCAAGUCAACCCCAAGUGACAAAGGCCGCUUGUUCAAACUUGAACUGAGGUUAAUCAUUGUCAUUUUUGAGAAAGUACAUAUUAUUUCUUGUAUAUUUUGAUGAAUUUCCAAGGAGAAUAGGUAAUGCCCUAAGUAAUCUUUUCAAAUAGCAAGAGGAUCGUUGGUAUGGAUUUCUCUAGUUUCAGGUUGUUACAAAUAUACAUAAUUUAUAGGCAUAUCUGGUAGCCAUGGUUUUGUAGUUUUUCUUUUCCCCUACUUUUUCCACCCUUUUCAGGUUGGUUCUGCAUUGAGCUGGUAGACAAGGGAGUUGGCAUCUUGAAGAGCAAGUAAUGAGUAGGCGAUAAAAUAUUUAGAAAGGUAAAAGUGGUUGUAAUUCUAUUAUCAAAUUUAUUUUUGGUGCUUCUCACUGGAGUGGAGAGUCCCCCUCAACAGACAUGGGGAAUUUUUAAAAGCUUCUUUGACUAUGCAUUUCAUUAUA